UUAAUGAGUCUUGAGUUUUAUUGGAAGUUGUGGUGAUGAGGGGAAUACAUUGCAGUCCUCUUAUUUUUAUAUUGAACCUCCUAUGUGUAAAGUUUAGGGAAAGUAUCAGCCAGUAUUUGUUGUAAAUACUUGCAACAGAGAAAAUAUAGAUGGGCUGAGUAUAUGAAACUUGGCUUUAUUUUUUGUUUAUUUAUAGUAUAUUAAUAGCUUGAGCUAGUGGGAGUAGAUAUCCAAAUUGCUUUCAGAUCAAAUGAAAAUGGUAUGGCUGCAUCUUAUCAUCCCCAGUGGUAGCAUUGGAAGGUAUAGACUUCAUGUUUCUAGCAGUUGGGAAGUGAUCUCUAAAGGUGUACCAGGUAGGCUAGGCUGGUUUUUCAGUUUUGCUGCUUACAGCCAUUAUUAGUAGUUGUAUAUGGAUUAGAGUUUGGGGCAUAGCUUGUGUUCAUUAAACAGUUCAUACUUUGCUUAUGAUUCCUCAUUUUGCCCUUUGGGACUUUUAAUAGUUCUCAUAGUUGAACUGAGUUUUAAGGUAAAUUUCUCUUAAGGUUGAGCAAUGAACCGUGUGUGUUUGUCCUCCCUCCUUUCGGUACACAUUUAGUCAUAUCCUCUCUGAACCAAACUUUGAGGAGAUUUCAUUGCGUUUGAAGAUUUUUGCAGCCAACAGGUGGUUCUUUCUUAAAAAGUUUGCAUGAUCCAGCUACUAACUUGAGAAAUUUAAACACAACAAAAACACCGAUUGUUUUGGGCCAAGCAGCCCAUCAGAUGUGGCUUCAUCGUGCUGUGGUGGUCUGCAUGGUGUGGCCUUGUCCUCAUGGGGAAAGCUGGUGCUGUGCAUGAGUGAGCACCCAGGUUGCAAUACUUGUGGUGUGAGGAAAGUCGAUGCAGAUGCAAUUUUCAUCUUUCUGCUUUUUUCCUUCUCAGCUCCUCUAUAAACAGUGCAGAAAAUUAAAUAGAAUAGUGUGUAGAAAGUAUUCCAGAAUUCUACCGUAUUCUUUUGUUUUAGUUCUGCCAUAUUAGUUCUGUCAGUGAUUAAAGGUAACAGGUAAAUUGCUAAGACCCUUAUCAGGAUUUGCAAUCAAAUGAUCAGUAUUUGCAAGGAAUUUUAGAAAGUGGGUUUUUUCUUAAAACCUGCAGAGCUCUCUGGACCCUGCCAGAUGAGCCCUAGUUCAGUGUGUGUGUGUGUGUGUGUGUGUGUGUGUGUGUGUGUGUGUGUGUGUGUGUGUGUGUGUGUUAAGGAGUCUCCUUGCAGAGGACAUGUGAUACCUGACAGGAGGGGAGUGUAAUGAGGACUGAGUAAAACUCCUUGCUGCUUCUGUACAUUCUAACAGUUAACCCCUCCAAGAUCAGUAGAUACUUUUUGAAUAGUUUUAGACAGGGGUGGGCUUCUACUUCACUCCUAUAAUGCCAGCAUUCGGGAGAUGAAGUGUAGGAUCAGGAAGGAGUUCAAGGCCAGAAGGCCAGUCUGGGAUGCAUGAGACCCUUCUUACCCCAUCCCCACGCUCCAAAAAAAAAGUCAUGAAAAUGUUUUAAUUUUUUUUUAGUUUUAUUAUUUUACAUUUAUUAUAUGUUAUAUGUAUAACAGUAUUAUACAUGUCCUUCCAAAGAAGUUAUGGUUAGGAAUAAUGACAUUCAUUUCCUGAUGCUGUAUGAGACAUGACAUGCUUACAGAUACAAACCUUUCUUUUAAAAACUUACCAGUUUUUAAAUGAGCUUUUCAGCUCAGUGUAUAAACAUGUAGUUAUAUUCAUGUUUUAGGCAGGUCUUACUACAGCAGUCCAAGGGUGGGGUAGGCGAUGUCUCUGCAUAUAUCAGUCAGGGAAACCAACUUUGAAGAGGUAAGAGUGAAAACUUGGUGCAGUUUGAAAAUGAUUCAUUUUCUUGGCAUAAUAUAAUCCCUGUGUACACGGUAGCAUAAUUACAUAAAAACUCAACUCAAGAUGUAUAUCACUUCUUCUCUGAACAUGGAUUUUAGAGAUAGGCUGCUUGUAUUUUAGCUUAAGAGCAUAAGGCCUGUUUCACACAUACAGAUAACAUGAAGGUCAUUUGGUCUAUUAGACUGCUGUGGUCUUGAUUGGGGAAGCUUGGGGGAGCCUCUGGCUAUACAGGUAAUGGAAGGAUCAUUUAGAUGACUAGCCACCUCUGUUCUGGUGUGAAAACUUGAUAAAACCUAGUCUAACAGGUAAUGCAGAUCACCAGGCUGUGAAUCACCUCCAGUUCCCCACUUUCUGGAUGGAAAAACAAGUUAUAUGUCCUACUCUUUGAAAGGACAGUCCUGUAUUUUUUUUUUUUUUUUUUUUUUUUUUUUUUUUUUUUUUUUUUUUUUUUGGAGCUGGGGACCGAACCCAGGGCCUUGCGCUUCCUAGGUAAGCGCUCUACCACUGAGCUAAAUCCCCAGCCCCAGUCCUGUAUUUUUAACAUUCCUGGUUUCUCUGGUGUUCUUUGGAUAUAAGGAUUCUGCUUCCAACACUGGGAGGCCUGAAACUCUGAGUGAGUAGACAACCUCUGUCUCUACAAUACUGGGGUUUCAGGCAUUUUCCCCAUGUCAUAUAUGCCCUGAUGUUUUGUCUGUGACUGGUAGAUUUGGCCUUAGUAAAUUUUAUCUUUACUGUUUUCUUUGAGUCAGUUAUUGGGGAUUUUUACUGAUCCUCACCUGUCUUGCAAGUCUCUGUUUGUCAAAUGGAUUUCAGUCUUAUAAUGCUGGCUGAUAUGAGAGCUCAGUAGGUUCUUGCUGCUAAGCAGAUGACCUGAAAUUUGAUUGUCAUGGCAGUGGACUUAGAGGAGAGAAUUGACUCCUCCUGAAGGUUGUUCUAUCCUCCACAUCUGGUUACCCAUAGAUAGAAGACAUAUGUGUCUCUCUCUGCUUCAUCCCCCCCACACCCUAACGUAUAUACAAAGAUACUCUGUCUUUUACAGGAAACUCUCAAGAUUAUACAUAGGUAUGGAAGAGCUAAAUUCUGAAACUGUUGUUUUAGAUUUUUUAUGUAUGAGUACACUGUAGCUGUCCUCAGACACACCAGAAGAGGGCAUCAUAUCCCAUUACAGAUGAUUGUGAGCCACCUUGUGGUUGCUGGGGAUUGAACUCAGAACCUCUGGAAGAGCAGCCAGCUCCUGACCCCUGAGCCAUCUCUCCAGCCCCCAAGUCUUUUUUAAAGUCAGAAGUGUUAUUUGGGUUUUUGUUGUUAAUUGUUGUUUAGGGAGAAUUUCAUAUAACCUGUAGAUAUUUCCUAAUAAAAAGAUAGAUAACAAUUAGUAUGUGUAUUUGUUGUUUUUGCUGGCUUGUUUUGAGUCUCUGUAUAACCCUGGCUUACCUGAAACUUGCCCCGUUGCAUUCUGGCAUUAAAAGAAUAUGCAACCAUGCGUAGCAUAUUUUUAGUUUAGUUUAGCACUAAAUUCUAAGCCUUUGAUUCUGUGGCAUUUUCAACACUUAGUUUACGUUUGAUUUACUGCUGUAUUCUUAGUAUUUAGUGUAGAGUUUUACAUAUUUUUGAAAUUGAGAAUGAAUUACUUUUCAGUUAACCUUAGCCUCUUUGGAAAUGAAGAAUUAAAAUAUUUUUUCAGUAUACUUUUUUUUCUCUCUUUUGACACUUUCAUGCCACUUUCAAGUUGAGAAAAACUUUAGCAGGUUUUUUUUUUUUUAAAGAGAUUUAUUUAUUUACUUUAUAUGAGUACACUGUUGCUCUCUUAACACACACCAGAAAUGGGCAUCGAAUCCCACUACAGAUGGCUGUGACCCACCAUGUGGUUGCUGGGAAUUGAACUCAGGACCUCUGGAAGAAAAGUCGCUGCUCUUAACCCAGCAGGUUUCUUUACAUAUGAUGCAUAUUGUUCUAGGCAGAAAGGCUGAAGAAAAAAAUUUAUGGAGGCACAUGAGGAAGCCUAUUCCUUACUUGUCAAAAAAAGAAGGUCUUUUGUGUGGCACCUUUCUAUUUUUGUAAAAGGAAGCACAAGUUUGGUAGGGUGUUUCAUGUGGUUAUAGCGUAUACUUCCUGUUAGCUAUUAUUUCCCUGGAAUUCAGGUAGAGCUGAGUGACAAUAUCUGUAGGACCUGGGACAGUUGAGGACCCUUGCUUUGCCACACUGAAGCCUGUUCUCUCUCCUUCCUGUCUGGCUUCAUCUCUUUCAUUCAUUUGCUAGAGCUCAUCAACUGUUUGCCAGCAGCUGGGAAUGUCAGUUUAUGGUAAGAAAAUGUCUUGGUGUGAAACUUGAAGUAAUUUAUAAACCCAGAAAUCCUAACAGUUGCAAAGCCCUUGUACAUAAAUAAAAUAUGCUCAGUAUAUAAAAAAAGCAUUUGUAAUCUUAGGAGAGGAGUUGCUACUAUCUCACAACCUGAGAAGCACCCACUUGAUAAUCCUCUGAGUCUCCCUGGCCUUUGCUGAACCUUUCCGCUGCCUGGGGUUUUGGCUUCCUCCAUAGUGACUUCUUGCAGCCUCAGUUGGCCUUAACCUUCCGGCCUCUACCUCUCAAGUACCAGAGACUUUUGUGCUACUCUGCUCAGCUUGACUUCCCCUCUCCCCAAAGCAUAUUAGUGGAAUUUACAACUAUCAUUUAUCAAAAUUUGUUUGCCCUGGUACUGUUCUUUUUAAUUCUCAAUUAACCCACAAGUUAUCCUACUUGGAUGAUACUGCCAUCACCUUGGUUGAAAGAGGGCAUCUAAAUAUGUCUGUGAAUGUUGGUUAUCCUGCAUUGACUGGUGGGUGGACAGAUGUGAGGUGGGGUUAGCCAGAGCCUGGCAUGUAAGUACUCCAAAUCAAGUUUCAUAUUUGUGUAUAUCCUUACAAAGGAUACUAAUAUUUUCCCCCUGCCAUGUUGGAGCUAGAAACCUAGGCUUCACAUAAUCCACACUCCAUCAUGGAGCUACCUUGCUUACGGAGGUUCUUCACACUCUCACCAUAACUUUUAUUCUCUGACCGACAGAGCAUUAGGUGAUUCAAGAAACAUGGUAAAGAUAAACUUCUGAAUGCGAAAAUGUGAAAGAAAAUGGGACUUUCCUGUUUUUCCCUGUGACAUGUCUCAUCUGUAGGCAAAUUCCAAAUGUUACUUUUUGAGCUCUUUAGCAGUGGUAUCAUUUGUAUAAGUUUGCACGCAAAUUAACUCUGCCUGCUGCUUUGCAAAUAGCGGACAUAAGUAUGAGCUAUGUGCUAUGGAGAUGAAGCAAAAGGGGCUGAGUCUCCAUAGAAGACCAAGAAGAGUUCUGGGUCUGAAUGGGCCAGGAAGUGUUGCCAAGAUGUUCCUAAGCAAAGCAUUGGAGGGCCUGUGAGAUGGCAUAGUGGCAGGCAGUUGCAUGGGUGUUUGAGGAGAUGGCAGAUGUUAUGAUGUCAUUGGCAGAUAAUUCAUUGGGGAACCAGUGAAAUCUCUGAUGCCUUUUGGGUUUAGAUUGGGAAAGAAGAUAAACUGAAAAAGACUCUAGGGAGUCCUGUGUUCCUCCAUGGGCAGAGGAUCUGGAAACAUUUGGUGGACAGGGUUUGUUUCUGUUGGGUCAUUUCCUUUCUAUUUGGUUGGAAUGCAAGGAAAAGUCAGAACUUUACUUAAAAAAAGAACAUUAUGAUUGUUGGUAGUUUUUAUGUCCUGCAUUUUAAUGCUUUGAGCUUACAUGACUCAGAUUACUAACUUCAGUCUUUUCAUUCUGUCUGUUCACUUCCCAACCUUUGAAUGUUAAUCAGUGAGAGUCAUGAUGUUCUUGAGUUGAACAUGUACUAAGAUAUGGUCCAAAAAUUCAGUAAAAUAUGGUUUUUAUUUGGUUUUGGAUAUAGAUUUGUGUAACUAUUAAUAUAUCCAAAUAAGAAAACAGAAUAUAACUCCUGAACCCACAGCUAAUAUUAGUAAGGAGUACCAUGGGUCAUGGUAAUUAGUAUUACUGACUUUCAUUGUGAUGAUAAUUUAUUAGGAUGGUUUCCUGGAGACAGGAACGGAACAGUUGGUCAAUCUGGAAUAUAGUGUUGCCUUGGUAACUAAUGAGAAUUCAGAGAAACCAACCAUGGAGCAUAAAAAUCACAAGGCUCUGAACAGGUUAAAUACCAACCCCAGGGGCUGGGGAUUUGGCUCAGUAGCAGAGCGCUUGCCUAGGAAGCGCAAGGCCCUGGGUUCGGUCCCCAGCUCCGAAAAAAAGAACCAAAAAUAAAUAAAUAAAUAAAAAUACCAACCCCAGGCACAGCAAACUAGAAACAUCUGGCAGUGCAUCUGGAACCUUGCAUGACAUAAGAGAUUACCUUGUGGGGUUGGGGAUUUAGCUCAGUGGUAAGCGCAAGGCCCUGAGUUUGGUUCCCCAGCUCCGAAAAAAAAAAAAAAAAAAAAGAGAUUACCUUGUGACCAGACACAGGAAUCCAUGCACUCUUAUCAGACUUAACCUGAAUAAAAUAGAACCUCCAAUCAUAGGACCAAAGGGCAUUCCACAUUGCUUGUUCUUGGACCUAGGACUGGGGCUCAGUAAUACAGCCCUGGGUUUGAGGCCCCACAUUCAGAUCUCAUUGUUGAAAAAAGAAUAAAAAAGUUAGUUCUUGGAAGUUAUUGAAGGCUGCUAAAAUGAUAGGAAGGAAUCAGAUCAAAGAUACAUAAACAUUGCUGAAGGAAAUCUGUCCUUCCACUAACAUCAUUUGUUGUUGUUUUGAGACAGGGUCUUACUACAUAGCCCUGGCUGUCCCAGAACGCACUGUAUAUAUGUGGGCCCAGGCUGUCCUUGACUCCGAGACUGCUUGCUUCUGCCUCUGUGGUAGCUCUUUUUAAUAAGGAACUAUUUUGUUGUUGAUCUAUUUCUGUGCUGGUCACCCAUGGCAGGUACGGGCAAGCCUCUUCUUUCCUUCCAGAGCUAGCUGGAGAGUCAUUUAAAUAAAAGAUCACCAUGUGAUUUACACAUCUGGAAAGAGCUCUGUGAAACUCCAAUGGACUAGUAUGUUUGGGUUCAUCCUAUGCUUAUUUAUUCCCUGUCACAAAUAAAUAUGACACUUUUUUUUUUUUUUUUUUUGCUAAUUGAGGAGACAUUGCGCAUGAGAGUGAGUAAGGAUAACCCCAGCACUUGGAAGGCUGGAAGCAGGAAGACACUUAGUUACAGGCCAAUACAGGCUGCACAGUAAUACCGUUUCAAAAGUAAAUGAAUCGGUCAGGUACAGUGCCACACACUCUUAAUUCUAACUUAGGAAGCAGAGGUAAGGUAAUAAUUUCUAGGCCAGCCUGAUCUAUACAGUACUGUAGAUCAGGCAGGGCUAUGUAGUAGUAGGCCUUGUCUAACGGGGUAGAGUGGGGGUGGGCGGUGCAGUAAAUACACAGAUUUGAAGAGGAAGAAUUAGGGAAAUAGUUCACUCAGUGUUUGCCUUGUAUGCCUGAAGGCCUAGAUUUGAUCUCCAGAAGCCAUGCCCACAUGGUUGUACUAGCACCCAGCUCCUGGCAGAACCAAGAAAGCAGAAAGGAGUAAAAGCACAAAUUUGACUUACAGCUGGACAUGAGUGUCUUAUCAUGGGGGUACAUAUCCAAAGCUUUGUGCACGGUAUCUUUUUAAGAGAGAGGGCUUCACUAUGUAGCCCAAGCUGCCUCACACUCCCACUGACCCACUUGCAUCUAUCUGCCCCUUCAGUACUAGAAUUAAAAGUGUAUAAAAUGAGCCCUUCAUUAUGCUCCCAACACAGAAACCAAGCAGUAGAACUGAUGGGUUUUUGGAAAGCAUGCUGAACUCAGGUUUUGAAUUUUAUAAGGAAACAGUUCGGUGGACAAGAUUGUUGUAAAAAAGCCCCAUAACUUGGAGUUUGACCCCUGGAACCCCUGGCUGAAGGGAAUCAACUCCUGAAGUUACUCUUUGACUGCACAUCCUUUAAAUAAAUAAAUAGAGAAAUUGGGAAAGCUCUCCCCAGGAUGGGAGUGGGACAGAGAGCCAAUAAGAGAGGCGAAUAUUUAUUUUUAGGCCACAAGUGAGAGUGGAUCCCAUCCAUUGAGAGAAUGGGAUGAGUUGCUGUGACAGCAAAACCUACCUUCCUUCCAAGGGAUGAAUGCCUCAGUCUUCAUUUAACACUAAGGUGUUGUUUUAAGUGGAAAUUUGAGCAAUCUUCUAGAAUAAUUAUUCUUCAGCGGAUACAGCUGAGGAUUGGCAAAUGAGCCUUGCUUAUUUUAAAACAGUUUUUUGAGUGGGUGAGUUCAGCAGGCUAGGCAUAGAAUGAGAUAAAUGUGUGGGUAUACAUAUAUCUAUAUCAGUGAAAGCUGACAUAAUUACUGUUCUCCGUGCCUGAAUUGGCACCGUACUGUAUUUUAAAUUAUAGGGGUACACAGAAUGCUAGCUAGCAGGAAAAUAUAUAUAUACAGAUUAAUAAACAGUGGUAUUUUUUCUCUUUGUUCAUUCUUCCCUUUUUACACCUGGUAAAUACAUUUAGCACCCCACUGCUUGGAGAAAAGGGGGAUUGGGAGAAAUACAGAGCUUACCAUGAAUCCCGGGUACUUGCUGUGAUGUCACUGCAAGAUCCGUGUGAACGUGGGUGGUGUGAGAGCUCCAAGAGUGAGUGGGGGAGCAGUGAAAGAGACGAUGUCGCUUCCAGAGAAGCAGCCAGCCUCUCUCACUGCCGCUCUUACUGCUGCGUACGACCAGCUCUCUAAAGGCAAUCCUUCAGAGCGCAGAAUGGACUCCCCGAAAGAAAUCAGUCAGGAUGGAUUUGAAUGGCAGAGGACAGAGGGUAAACUGAAUGAAAUCGGGAUGAAUGUCAGCAUGGAUGGGCAGCUGAAAGACGGGCUUGUGAAGAAUUCCAGCUUCCUGGAACAGAAUAAGCUCGGCUUUUUUGAGGGGAAGCUAGACAAAGAACUUAACAUCGAAGAGCCUAACAAGGCAUAUCAAGCAACCUCCGGUCACCUUGAGAGCAGGUAUGUGAUUUCAGGAACCUGCCAGAUCUCGGAGGGGAACUUAGUGCAGCAAAAGCCAGCUGAGUUCCACCUGGGACUCACAGAGGGGCAAGACAAAGCCGUUCCAGUUCAGGGGAAGGUGGUGGGGAAGAAUGGACUAGAGAUCAUGAGACAGCCAGAUUUCCCCUGGGCUGCAGACACUCUCAUUCAACAUGGUGAGGAACAAGAAACCAGUGCUUGGAACCCCAACUUUUACUCAGUGACUCAGAGCCCUCAGGUCUCAAUGGCUGCAACUCCAGGAACAGAGAAGAAUGGCCUCGUCUCUAGCUGCUCAGUGAUUGGGAUGACGAAUGAUAACGCUGGACAGCUUAAUAAUAAGUCCCCAUUACUGGUGGCCAUCACCCACCCAGACACAACUAGUGAGCAUUUGCCCACCACCAGUCCACCAAUCACUACGGUGGAACUCACUCAGGAAAAUUUGAAUACAGGCUUUCAAAGCCCAGGCCAGGACAAGGAGUUGGAAAAAUUAAGUUCUAUUGAGGAGGGGCCUUUGUUUGACCAAGUCCCCCAGCAGAAAAAGGCAAUCCGAAGAGCCCUAUCUGAGUGUUACCACCUCUCAGUGCCCCCAGCUGUGAAUCUUGCUGAUAAGUACCCUGAGCUGCCUGCCCGAGAGGAGCUUUCUUCUGGCCUGCUGCCCCCCACCAGUAGCCCAAUGCCAAGCCCUAUGCCCAGGAAGCUGGGAGUGCCUGCCAUGAGGCGCUCCAUGACAGUGGCUGAGGAGCAGCCAGCCGGCUGCGGAUUGAGUGCUGGGGAGCUGCCUGGCCUGUCUGCUUCUGAGGUACCUACUCCUGUAACCUUCGAGGAACCAGUGGCCAAGGAGAGAGAAGAACUGAUCCACUUCAGCAAUGACAGCAGCAGCUCUGGGAAGAAGGAACUGGGCAUUGUCGGGCUGUAUCUCCACAGUAAGCUGGAACAGAUUCCCGAAGGAAGCAGCAAGGGAAAAGGGCAGGAAGAUACUAGUGAGACAAGAGUUGAUUCAUGUCCCUUCAUCUGCCAGGGAGGCGAGAAACAGCUGAUGGCACUGGCAGGAAAGGAAGAAAUUGAGGUCACUGCAACCCAGAGCACUCCAUCGUUGCUGUGCGAAGAGACCCCACGUGAUGGAGUAUCCCGGCAAGAAGAAGGAAAGGCUGCUGUUGGUCUGACUGGAAAUGACAUCGCCACUCCACCAAACAAGGAGCUACCACCAAGCCCAGAAAAGAAAGCAAAGCCUUUGGCCACCACUCAACCUGCAAAGACUUCAACAUCGAAAGCCAAAAUACAGCCCACUUCUCUCCCUAAGCAACCAGCUCCCACCACCUCUGGUGGGUUGAAUAAAAAACCCAUGAGCCUCGCUUCAGGCUCAGUUCCAGCUGCCCCACACAAACGCCCUGCUGCUGCCACUGCUACUGCCAGGCCUUCCACCCUACCUGCAAGAGACCUGAAGCCAAAGCCAAUUACAGAAACUAAGGUUGCUGAAAAGCGGACCUCGCCAUCCAAGCCUUCAUCUGCCCCCGCCCUCAGACCUGGACCUAAAACCACCCCAACCAUUUCUAAAGCCACAUCUCCCUCAACUCUUGUUUCCACUGGAUCAAGUAGUAGAAGUCCAUCUACGACUCUGCCUAAGAGGCCUACCACCACCAAGACUGAGGGAAAACCUGCUGAUGUCAAAAGGAUGACUGCUAAGUCUGCCACAGCUGACUUGAGUCGCUCAAAGACCACCUCUGCCAGUUCUGUGAAGAGAAACACCACUCCCACUGGGGCAACACCCCCAGCAGGGAUGGCUUCCACUCGAGUCAAGCCCAUGUCUGCACCUUGCCGGUCUUCUGUGGCUCUUUCCGUGGACAAGAAGCCCACCUCCACUAAGCCUAGCUCCUCUGCUCCCAGGGUGAGCCGUUUGGCCACAACUGUUUCUGCCCCUGAUCUGAAGAGUGUCCGCUCCAAGGUCGGCUCCACAGAGAACAUGAAGCACCAGCCAGGAGGAGGCCGGGCCAAAGUAGAGAAAAAAACAGAGGCAGCUACCACAGCUGGAAAUCCUGAGCCUAAUGCAGUCACUAAAGCAGCCAGCUCCAUUUCGAGUGCACCGAAGCCCCCUGCCGGGAAAGUCCAGAUAGUCUCCAAAAAAGUGAGCUACAGCCAUAUUCAAUCCAAGUGUGGGUCCAAGGACAAUAUUAAGCAUGUCCCUGGAGGUGGCAAUGUUCAGAUUCAGAACAAGAAAGUGGACAUAUCCAAGGUCUCCUCCAAGUGUGGGUCCAAAGCUAAUAUCAAACACAAGCCUGGUGGAGGAGAUGUCAAGAUCGAAAGUCAGAAGUUGAAUUUCAAGGAGAAGGCUCAAGCCAAAGUGGGGUCCCUUGAUAACGUUGGCCACUUGCCUGCAGGAGGAACCGUGAAGGUAACUGAGGGCGGUGGCAGUGAGGCCCCUCCGUGUCCAGGCCCCCCCGCUGGGGAGGAGCCAGCCAUCCCUGAGGCUGCGCCUGACGCUGGCGCCCCUACUUCAGCCAGUGGCCUCAGUGGCCACACCACCCUGUCAGGGGGUGGUGACCAAAGGGAGCCCCAGACCUUGGACAGCCAGAUCCAGGAGACAAGCAUCUAAUGAUGACAUUCUGGUCUCGUCUUCCAUCUCCCCUGUGUUCCCUCUCUUGUCUCCCCCCUUGUUGCCCUCUCCCAUCCCUCCUCACGUGUCACUGCAGAUUGAGACCUACAGGCUGACGUUCCGGGCAAAUGCCAGGGCCCGCACCGACCAUGGGGCUGACAUUGUCUCCCGGCCUCCCCACUUCCCUGGUGGCCCAAGCUUGGGGUCUCGGGCCCUGGGCUCCUUUUCCCGGGCUGUCUACUAGACUUGUAAGCUCUUGGGUGCUGGGCAGCCCCUUUAGGCCUCCUUCCCUCCUGUCUCGCUUGCUCAAGGCAGCCGCAGCCCUGCUGCCUUCACACCUCCUUCCACCCUUUCUGGGCCCAGCUCCAACUUCACUAUCGCACCCUUCACUGCUCUAUGGAGAAAGGUGGGAGGGGGUGGGAGUCUAAUGGGAUCUCUGUGGGAUCUAGGGGUGAGGGGCUGGAUUCCAGCCUUGGCCGUUUGGUUUUUUUGGACCAAACCCAAAAGAAACUGACAAACCCUCCCUCUCUUCCCUGGCUCACCCUCGAGAGACUAGUAAAGGUGAACUCCGAGUGGAGACCAGCACCGACCGAACCCCCUGGAACCCAAACUACUGCCUCUCCUUGACCCCAUGCUAGAGGCCACCAUGGAGGUGUCACCAGGCCCUUUUGCUGCCCUGCCUCAAGUUAGUCAAGGUUCAGUCCUCCUUGUCCCCACUGCUUAUUGUACCUGAAUAGCUGCUGUCUCACUUUUUUCCUUCUUUUCCCCUUCCCAAUAACCUAUGAACUGGUGGUGUAGUUUGCAGGUUGAAGCUAUGUCUAAAAGAGAGUUCUCAGUAGGUGGUGAAGGAAGCAGAGGAGGAGAUCCUGAGUCUCCACUGAGGAGGCUGUCAGGCAUUGGGGUCUGCCCUACUCUGGGCAGCUUGGAUCCUGUGGGAAGAAGUGGACUAUUGCCUAGUGGAGUUGGACAGCCAGGUGGUCAGCGUGAUGGCUGUGUUGUGUAUAUUUGCUGCUUUUCUAACAAGAGGCUGGUUUUGGCAUCUAUCUCAUUCCCUGGGAAUCCGGUGGUUAAUGUGUGAUACAAAACCAGGGCUGGAGAAACAGAAAUGAAGGUCAAAGUCCCUGGUCUGUACCUGCAGGCCAUGGCACCCAAAUCCUCAUAUCUAGGGGAGCCUGAGAUGUCCAGAAUGCUUGUGAACAGUGGGGAAUCAGGUGUGAAAAUUUAAAACUAAAAUGCAUGAGACUGAGGCCAUCCCACUUUUCUUCUGGUGUGACUGGAGAGGAGGAGCAGGAGAGGCCAGCCGUGGAGGUGCAGCCAUCCCAGUGUGGUCUGCUCAUGGAUGGGAUGGCUGCAAUAUUGAGAAAAUCCCGGGAAUUGUAUCAACACAAGAUUCUUAUUGCACUUGUAUUUUUUGUAUUAAAGUUUGCAUGGUUUCUAAUAAAGAAUUCAAACCUAAGUUUGUAUUGAAAUGGCCUGGGAGUGUCUAAGGGCUCCUCUGGUAGGGCAUUUUCUGCUGGGCAGAUUUGCCUCUCAGGAGGCUGACCCAGACUUGACCCCCCCCAGGCCCUCCUUCUAACACAGCCUCGCCUCUGCUUGGGUGUGUUUUUGAGCAGGUAGAGGUCUUCACUAUCUCUCUGCCAAGGGAGGGUAUCCCUGGGCUUGAAGGUCCUCUCCAUUUAUGAGGUAGCAGUUACUUUAUAAUCUUGACAUGGAAUCCCUAGCUCUCUAAGCACACACAAAGAAUUAUUGCGGUCUGUAGAAAAAAGGACUGCCAGAACUAUGCUUGGAGCCUGCAUUGUAUUUUGCAGCAAGAAGGGGGCCUGAUGGAGCUGGGAAGGACGCAGUAGGGAUCAGGGUAGUGAUGGCUGAGGGCAUAAAGGUACUUGCUACCCUCCUUGAUGUUAAUCUUGGGGCCUUGAAGAUGCUGAUGAAAUUGUCAAGAAACAAGUCCAUUGGCCAAGGAUUAGAGAAAGGAAGGCAGCCCAAGCUCUCCAGGUAGCUCCCCGAAAGGAUGCCACAAGCCAGAGAACCUGAGAAGGCUGGUCUAGCAGAUUGGGACCACAGGCCAUGUGGUGUGCAUACUUCGAAAUGUUUGGGAAUAAGAUCUUUUCUGUACUUUACAGUUUGCUCAUGGCUUAGCCAUUUCCUGUGUCUGUAAUUGUUGUACUGAUUUAAACAAUAAAGCUGCCUGACAUCCCACCA